CUUGCUCAUUCUCCGACCCAAAAUAUUGUCUUUCCCCUUUGCGCGACCACCUUUCCCCUGACGACAAUGCGAAUAAACACGGCUAGGUUGACCAUCUUGGCCUCGUAGCUUUUCAAAGCUUGUGUCGCCUCUUCUACUACUGCGUUCUCGUACUGUUAUGACGCGACUAAUCGCCAAAUCGCAUCGCAAGAAAAUGCAGCUGCGCGCAGCUUGACAAACUACUAUCCACUACCACCACCACCAUCACCACUGUCGCCACCACUAAGUACGAACGUGGCCACAACCACAAGUCGCCAUGGAAUACAAUCGAUCACCCUCAUUCGGCCUCGGAGCACGAGCGAACCGUCGCGCUUCUACUCAAUUGACUAUCGACGAAGAAGGCCGGAAACCACUCUUCUCCAAACCCUCCCGAGAGAGCCUUGAGCCCCAGAAUCCCUCCCAAGCGGCAGCGGGAAGCACCAGAUUUGGAUACUCGCCAACGAACGCCCAAGCCAGUGCGACCGGCCGACCGCCCUCUCGUGCCGCGAUCCCCCGACCUUCGAGCUCCCUAUCGCAGACGCCGUCCCUCAACUCGAACCACUCUAUCGAGAUCGUCUCUCCCGGCUCCCGCAUUCCCCGACCCAAGUCCACGAUCGGCGUUUUCGCCAAAGGCUCCGGCUUCUCUGUUGCCGAGGCCUGGAAGCUGGCGGACGAGAACCGUGUACAGACUCUCGAAAAGACGCGGCGAGCUACUCCCGCAGCCAUCGACGCAUCACCAAGCCCUGCCCCGCGCCCUUAUACCAACCGACAAGUUUCCGACGAGUCAAAAUCACGGCGAUCUCUAGGAAAAGAUGCGGUCGACUACAGCCGCCCCAGACCCCUUUCAAGAAUGUCGAGCGACUCGUUGCGCGACAGCUACGUCGGACGAUACGGCGGUAGUCCAGGCUCGAACAGCCUCUCUAGCUCUGGAAGCUUCGACCGUCGAUUGAGUCAAUAUGAGCGCGAGAUGGCAGAGUCGCCGAGCGCGUCUCGGGAUCAGGAUCACUUCUUUGGUAAGACCAGAGUGGGACCAAAGAUUGCAGAGACAGGACACACCCUAGCGAGGAGGACAAGCAACAGCAGCCUCAACGGGUCUUCGAGUGUGAACCGGCGAGCCAGUAACAGCAGCUUGAAUGGAAGCUCGGGCUUGAGUAGGAGGACAAGCUACGGCAGUUUGAGCGCCAGUCCGCGUCCUGGGGCAUUCGCCAAGAGCCAUGUUCCUGAAGGACACAUAAAGGAGCUUCUGGAGCAGGAUGAGAAGGGUAUCAAGCGAUCCGCCAGGCCGAAACCAGAGGACGACAUUGCAGCCGACACACCGUUGCCUUCUGUAGAGCGUCUCCCGCAGGAACCCACUCCGCCAACAUCUCGUCCGGCUUCGGCGAACCCGGAAUACCGAUCUCCAGACAAGAGUUACGCGUGGCAGCUCGACGCAGAUUUCACGGCGGGAGACUUGCAGAUUUCAGACAGUCCACGGAUAAGAACCGGUGGCGCUGGUUUUGGCGAAGCCUCCGAUCGACGAUCCUCUUACGGCAGCGCUUACGCUGAAGAGCAGCUCUUGGGAAUCAACGGGAAUCUCAGGCGGGAGUCAUCGCUAGGACCUUCUCCUCGGGCUGGGCGCUCAAAUACUAGGAUCGACGAGAUUCGCCAGCGGGAAGAGAAAGCCAAGGAGGAGCUUGCCGAGUCGCGGAAGGCCCUCCCAAGAGCUAGGAAUAAUACAAGGCUGGAGGAGAUUCGCGAGAGAGAGGCCGAGGCUGAGGAGCAACUAGCCAAGCAACCCAGGCGCUCUUAUUACCCGACACCCGAUGAUCUGCCAGACCGAGAAGAAGUUGAAACACAAGUCCCGCCAAAGAACACUAAACUCGACGAGAUACGAGCCCGAGAAGCCGAGUCACUGUCUAAGAAGGCCGUGGCUACUAGCCGAUUGGAGGAGAUUAGGGAACAGAACUCAAUGACGAGAUCCGUGUCGCCGGAAGCUCGGCGCAGCGGGGACCUUGCGAGAGAGUCGACGCCUAUUCGAGAGGCAGGUGGAGAGUCGCAGUGGCCAACAGAAGAUGGCGAGCAUAUUGCCAAUACGCCUGUCACAAUCUAUCGUAACUCACCGGUCCGGGAGGGAAACAAGUCGCUAUCUGAGUCGCCUGCGAGCCGAAACGAGCGGGCGAGUCCCAAGCCUGCGAGGCCAUUAGGUGCGCAUGCGCGGACGGAUUCGAGGGACAUAUUGCAGCGGCUCGCCAGAGCUGCAAGUAGCAGCCCUGCCCCUGAGACCCAUGCCCAACCCGCAACUACAGAUGAGAAAAAGAGGCCUAGCAUAGAAGACCUCGAGAAGGAAAGGCUAGAGAAGGAGACACGCGAGAGAGAGAGACUGGAGAAGGAGAGGUUCGACAGGGACAGGCUUGAGAAGGAGAGGUUGGAGAGAGAGAAGAUUGCGAGGGACAGGCUCGAGAAGGAGCAACUCGCGAAGGAAAGACUCGAAAGGGAGAAGCUCGAGAAGGAAAGACCCGAAAGGGAGAAGCUCGAGAAGGAGAGGCUCGAGAAGGUGAGGCUCGAGAAGGAGAGGCUCGAGAAGGAGAGGCUCGACAAGGAGAGGCUCGACAAAGAGAGGCUCGACAAGGAGAGGCUCGAGAAGGAAAGGCUCGAAAAAGAGAGGCUUGAGGAGGAAAAGCGUGAGACGCUGAAGCUUGAGAUGGAAAGGCUCGAGAAAGAAACUUCCAAGGAGUCUUCUUUGCAGAGGACUGAGAUACAGCGGCGCAGAAGCGAGACUACACGGUCUGCCCACGAAGUCGAGCCCAAGGCCAGUCCACCACGGAAUCGCAGAGGAACCAUCAAAGUAUCCGAGCCAGGUUCCACUAAGACGAGAGGGACGGAUGACUCCAAGCCCAGUUCCACAGAUGAGCUAAAAGCGCCGGAAGCAGGGAGGCCAAAGUCUCGCGUGGACUCCGCUGCAAGGCGCCGGGAACGUCGUCAGAAAUCCACCGAUUCGGCCAAGGACAACCGUAAGAGCGUGGCCUUGUCGGAUGGUGAUCCUACCGACCGCAUCGAACAAGAGAUGAACCUUUUUGCGCCUGCGGACAACCAGUCUGAGCGUGGAUCGAGAGCACCUUCUGCGGAGCCUACCACCGAGGAUGAGGAUAAGGACCUGUUCGCGGGCGAGACUCCUCGGCCCAAGAAAGUCGACCCGCUGUCUCUUCCUACACCUAGAGUGACCGGGGCUUACGUCGAGACACCUGCGACGCUCAAGGUUGAACGGAUCGAUGAGAACACUCUGCCCCCAUUGACGAGGCCUGACCCGUUGUCGAACGCGACUUUCGAUAGACCGCACAGCAGAAGAGGAUCACGGCCGUCGUCAAGGGCAGGCAUAUUCUUCAAGGCCAGUGGAUCGGGCUCUGAAACAAGCGAUCAGAAGGAGACAGCUGGAACGAGUACGACAUCUAGCUUGCGACGCCGCAAUAGAUCAACCUCCCGGCCGCGCAAGCCUCUGACCAACUCAGUCAAGCCGCCAACAGUCAAGGACGAUAUUAUGGAACUUCAACGCAUUCAUCAGAUUGAAGACUCCACACUGGACGAUUUCGAGGAACUGUUUAACAUGCAGAAGCUUCAGGACGACCCAUCGAUAGAUAUCGAGUCGAUGCUCGAUGAUAUUGCGGUUAAGAAAGAGGAAGUCGCAGCCAAGCCGAACAUUACCAAAAGUCAGCGAAACCACGAGCUGGAGCAGUACGACAGGAUGAGCAAGACAUUGAAAGACGGGCUUUUCAACAUUCGUACCGCCAAGCAAGGCAUUGAGCGCUUGGAAGGGCAGGUUUCUCAUGCCGAGGGCAAACAUGACGAUGCCACUAUACCUGAGAAAGUGUCUGAGAAGCAGCCGCUGGCUAAGGGGUCGCAUCUCCGCCAUAACCUGGAUCAUGCCCGCGAUUGCCCAGAUUGCGUUGGCCAGACUCCCAUCAAGGAAGUCUCGUAUCUCCAUCUUCCUGUACCGAGCCUCUAUCAUCGCAACCCCUUCCGCCUUACAUUCCUUGGGCUAGUACUCCUCAUGGUCUCACUCUGGUAUGCUGCCGAGUCUGCCAUGUGUGAGGCUUACUGUCGACCAACUACAUGUUCUUCGACACCUUGCGUCUGGUCACCGACGGAUCCCACUUGGGGUGUCGCUAUCCCAGUAAAGCUCGACGAGUGGGCCACAGGUGGUUUGGGCCGCCAACUCACUAAUCAGUAUUCCGAGGAGGCGUCAGAUCUUUGGGCAGAUGCGUUGGAUUUCGUGACAGGUACCGAUAUCACGACCAUCGAUAUCAACACACUCGACUUUUACGACAAGCGGCAACUGCGCCGUCGUCUCCGCAAGAAGGGACUUGCGAAGCGGCCAGUCGUCGAGUCAGCUAGCGACAAGGCCAAGUGGGAUGCAUGGCACGCCACGCGUGUGGCCAGCGAGAGGGCACAGGACGCGAGGGAAAUGGGGUAUGAUAUUGGUGACGUGGAUGAGAGCCUUGGAGACGAUGAAAUAUUUUCACAACUCAAAGACAGCUUGGCAGAAAAACCCUGGUUCGGCUUCGACCUCGACGACACCCUCCACGAAUUUCGCCGCGCCUCCUCCGCCGCCACGGCCAAAACCCUCGAGGUCAUCUCCCAACGACACGGGACUUCCCUCAAUGACCUGGAGGAGGUGUACGCCCACGUCCUACGCGAUAAAACAGUGUCCGCGUUUUCCGAUGGCAAGACGUCGUUUGAGUAUCGACGGGAACGCUUCGCCUCGGUCCUGGACCGCUUCGGUUUGCCGAGCGACGAUGCAGCGUUUCUGGAUUCGUUGUUGGAUGUGUAUGAGCGGACUUUGAACGAGUCUCUUCAGUUGAAAGAUGGCGCGGAGAGUUUACUCAAGAAGUUGAAGGUCAAGGGCAAGAAAGUUGCUGUGAUUACGGAGGGUCCGCAGGAUGCGCAGGAGAGGACUGUCAAGGAGUUGGGGAUUGGGGGGGAUAUUGAUUUCUUGGCGACGACGAAUUUCUUUGGGGUUGCGAAGACGGAGGGGUUGUUUGGGGCGGUUUUGAGAUAUCUUGGGAUUGGGGCGGGAGAUAUGGUGUUUGUUGGGGAUAGUGUGGUAAGGGAUAUGGAGCCUGCUUUGAGGGAAGGGAUUUUGAGCGUGCAUUUUGAUGAGGGGGGAGUUACCGCUUGGGAAGGGGGGAUGUUGAAGGUUGGGAGGUUGAGGGAUCUUGAGGACUUUUUUGGAGAUGGGGAUUCGUGAGGUGGUGGAUGUCUUCUUCAUGGUUAGAGAGUCGAGGUAAAGGAAGAAAGUAUACUUAUUCUCACUCGGACU